UCUCGCCCUGAAGUACAACAAAUGGAAAGUUCAAAUUUUGGUAUUUCACUUCGUUAUUAUAAUAUAAAUGUACAAAACCUAAGUAUCAUAAUAGAAAUAUUAGGUAUGCAUCUAUCUUCCUCAUCAGAUGUAUGUCCUGCAAUCAAUGAAUACGCAGACACACUUUUAAGUUGAUUACGAACGAUAUGAUACGAUAAUUCAAUUAGUGCUGGGUUCACACAUAACAUGAUGUAAUAAGAAGAUACACUAGAUUUUUUAUAAACAUGAAAUUUAUCAUAUUGAUAAUUUUGAUCAAUUCGUCUUCCUGCGUUAUAGCAAAUUUCAAUGGCCACAGAGGAUCAGAAUACGUUGAAGAAAAUAGUUUAUCUCUAAGAGAUAUAUUGCCAGUAAAAGUAAAGCACUACGACAAAAACAGAGCACCAAAAUUACAAGGACAACCAACUGUAGUUUACUUUCAUGUUACUGUACUUUCUUUGGAUUCGAUCAACGAGGAAUCAAUGACUUACGUUACCGAUAUAUUUCUUGCACAAAGCUGGAGAGACCCUAGACUAAGAUUGCCUGAGAAUAUGAGUGAAGAAUACAGAAUUUUGGAUGUAGAAUGGCUACAUAGUAUAUGGAGGCCAGACUGUUUCUUCAAAAAUGCUAAAAGUGUUACUUUUCACGAGAUGACCAUCCCAAAUCACUAUCUAUGGUUAUAUCACGAUAAAACGCUUUUAUACAUGUCCAAGUUAACAUUAGUUCUUUCAUGUGCAAUGAAAUUCGAAUCUUAUCCUCAUGACACACAGAUUUGCUCCAUGAGUAUAGAAAGUUUGUCUCAUACGGACCACGAUUUGGUUUUCAUUUGGAAUAUGACUGAUCCAUUGGUGGUAAAUCCAGAAAUCGAGUUGCCACAGUUAGAUAUAGCAGAGAAUUACACAACUGACUGUACCAUUGAAUACUCUACAGGCAAUUUUACGUGCCUGGCAGUGGUGUUCCAAUUAAGAAGGAGACUAGGAUAUCACCUUUUCCACACCUACAUCCCAUCUGCCUUGAUUGUUGUAAUGUCUUGGAUUUCCUUCUGGAUCAAACCUGAAGCUAUCCCAGCUAGAGUUACACUAGGCGUAACAUCCUUACUUACUUUGGCUACCCAAAACACCCAAUCUCAACAAUCUCUUCCACCUGUGUCAUAUGUCAAGGCUAUCGAUGUUUGGAUGUCCAGUUGCUCGGUUUUUGUCUUCUUAUCACUGAUGGAGUUUGCCGUGGUCAACAAUUACAUGGGCCCUGUUGCUACAAAAGCGAUGAAAGGCUACUCGGACGAAGAUAUUCCCUCUGAAGUUAUGCAGUACAAGGGCAUGGAAAGGAUACGUUACAGCACCGUUAGUCAGCCACAAUAUGAAACUUUCUGUAAUGGAAGAAGCAUAGCUCUCUGCAUAGAUAAAUUCUCUAGAUUCUUUUUUCCAUUUUCAUUUUUAAUACUCAAUAUAGUAUAUUGGUGCACCUUUUUGUGAAUGAUCGAUUUCUCUAAUUUUCUGCACAAAGAACACACCACACUUUGUUGUCAAGCAGUAGCUACUGUUGUUGGAUUUAGUAUCAAUAAAUUAUUGCAACUUG